AUGGCCCCCAUUGGAGUAGCUAUCGUUGGCGGCGGUAUUUUUGCCAAGGAGCAGCAUUUGCCUGCGGUCGAGGCAGCCGACCAACUAACGCUGAAGGCUAUCUACUCACGCUCCCGCAAAUCAGCCGAGGACACGGCAAGCCGCGUUACCAAGUCCGGAGCCGCCCCUGAUCUGUACUCGGACGACUCGGGCGCCGGUAAGUCCUUCAAGGACCUCCUUGCCCGCGACGAUAUCCAGGCCCUCAUCCUGGCGUUACCUAUUCCCAACCAGCCCGAGUAUAUCGAGCAGGCGCUCGCCGCCGGAAAGCAUGUUCUGGCAGAGAAGCCCGUCGCCGCCGACGUCGCCCGCGCCCAGAAGCUCAUCGAGUACUACAAGAAGGUGUCUGCGGACAAGGGCGUAACCUUCGCCGUCGCCGAGAACUACCGUUUCCAGCCGCGCUACACCACAGCCCGGGACGAGGUGCAGAAGCUGGGCAAGGUCAUCGGCUUCAACGUCAGGGUCUUCUUCUUCGUCAAGCUGGGCGGUAAGUACAUUGAGACGGCAUGGCGCAAGAAGCCCGAGUAUCAGGGCGGUUUCCUCCUCGACGGCGGCGUCCACUUCGCCGCCGCCCUGCGCUUACUCCUCGGGCGCGACGCCGCCCCGGACUCGGUGUCGGCCUUCUCAGACUUGACCCGAGAGCACCUACCACCCAUCGACACCAUCAACGCCGUCGUCAAGACCAAGUCGGGUGCCUCGGGCUCCUUCGCCGUCUCCGUCGGCUCAUCUUUGAGCGCCUUUGACUUCCAGGUAGCAUGCGAGAAGGGCAGCGUCACCGUGUCGAGCCGCGACGUUAUUGUCACACCCUUGGAUGGCGAGGCACGUACAACGUCGUUUGAGGAGACGAAUGGUGUCAAGGAGGAGGUCAAGGCAUGGGCCGAAGCCCUGGUCUCGGGCAAGCCGAACCCGCUCCAGUCGCCGGAGGAGGCGCUGGCAGAUCUGGAGUUCCUGGAGAAGAUAUUCAAGAGUGGUGAACAGGAUGGAGCCCGUCUCAAGUUGGAGUUGCAGCAGUAA